AUGGCGGCGGCUGUCCUCCCACAGCUCCCACAGCUCCCCCUCCAUGAUGCUGCCGUUUUGUUGGCUGUGUUCUUCCUGGUUGUGUGCGCGUGCAGUGUUGAGGCUAUCGCCACACCACCAACACCAAACAGGGCCAAGCUGGCGCAAGAUGACAGCGGCGCUGUGCACGUCAACUCGAGUGACCCAGCAACCCAGCCCGUGUUCCUAAAUGGCGAGGACGUUGUUUUGGAGAUGCAAACGCUGCGUGGAACCGUGGUGGCACAGCAGAGCAUCUUGCAGGCGUACCAGUCAACGGUGCAAGCACAGCAGAGCAUGAUUGCCGCACAGAACAGCACGCUUCAAUCCCAGCAGAGCAUGAUCGAUGCUCUUCGAGGCAGGGUGUGUGAGGCGACUGCCAGCACGUUUGGGCAACUCGGCUCCUCUUCAUACAAGUGGCGUGGCGGCGUUUUGGCCAACAACGGCCUGAUCUAUGCGGCCCCGCACAACUCACCUUCCGUCCUCAUCAUCGACCCCAGGACCAACACGGUCGACACGUCCUCCAUCUCCGGCUUUGGCACAGCCACAUACAAGUGGGCGGGUGCCGUUUUGGCGCAUGCAGGUCCCAUCUACAUGUUCCCGUCGAACAGCGCAAGCAUGCUCAUUAUCAACCCCGACACCAAUACGGCUGACACCACAAGCAUCCACUCGCUUGGCACCAGUGCGCGCAAGUGGUACAGCGGUGUGGUGGCUGACAACGGACUCAUCUUCGGCGUCCCUUAUUUUGCCACGUCUGUGCUUAUCAUUGAUCCUGAGACCAACACCGCCGACAUCACAACAUUGGGCGGGCUGUCUUCGGAUGCAUUCAAGUGGUAUAGCGGUGUUCAGGCACCCAACGGUCUCAUCUACUGCGUCCCAGUCGCCGCGUCUUCGAUCCUCAUCAUCAAUCCAGAGUCGCUGACGAUGGAUGUCACCACAAUUCAAGGCCUUGGCACAGGUGCCUACAAGUGGCAUGGGGGCGUGCUUGCGCAAAAUGGGCUCAUCUACACCAUCCCAUACAGUUCCACGACCACACUCGUCAUCAACCCGACCACCAACACUGCAGAAACCCUCGCCUGGGCUGGCGGCGUGCUCGCACCCAACGGCGACAUUGUCGGCAUCCCCCUCGGCGCCCCAUCGGCUCUCAUCAUCGAUCCCACAACGAACACAACAGACACAGCGACCAUCGGCGAUCUUGUUGGAUCCUACAACUGGUGGGGCGGCGUGCUGGCAAGCAACGGCCUCGUCUAUGGCAUUCCGUUUUCGGCUGAGUCCGUCCUCGUCAUUGACCCUGGGUGCUGAAUAGGAAGGACUUCGUCGUCGCUUGGUGUUUGCGAGCAGGCACGACAGGCUUUGUUGUUUGGACUCAGGGGACCAUGUCCACGGCUGUUCUUUCUUUCUCCCAGCUGUUCCUCCCUCUUUUACCGCUCGCUCUGCUUCCUUAUUCUGUCGAUCUUCACUUGUUCCACGCUCACACAGCCCGAGUUCAUCUCGUUGAAGCGUCCGACCUUCUUCCCCUCGUCACCGAGUUGUGUCUUUUGCCUUGGAUGUGCGUGUGCUUAAUGAUCCCUCCUCCGGCUCUCCUUUGCACAGACAAUCCAUCUUGAUUUGUUAACUUGCCAACCAAUACAUAGUAA